AUAAACACACACACACACCCAAGCAGAGCUCACCACACCAGCAGCUACCUAGUAGUAGUAAAGGCUUGAUUUACAGAAUUGGCACCAAGAGAGCCAGAGUCUGAAUCAAAAGCAUUCGAUCUCCUUUGAUCUCUAAAGAAUGGCGGCUCCACCACCUUCCACCUUCAUCGACGACGACGAAGAUAUGGACGCCGUCGACCUGUCGCUGACACUCGCCCACACGCCGUGGCCGGCGUCACCGUCGUCUCCUCCGGCUGCUUCAUCAGGUGGUGGCAAUGGCAGUGGCAGUGACAACGGUGGUCGUGGUGGCGUGAGGCUGUUCCCCUGCCUGUUCUGCAACAAGAAGUUCCUCAAGUCGCAGGCGCUAGGGGGACACCAGAACGCACACAAGAAGGAGAGGAACAUCGGCUGGAACGCGCACCUCUACACCACCCCCAUCAACACCAACUCAGCCGCUGAUGCCAUGCCCAGUAACCACCAGACGAUGUACCCCAUCCAGGUCUCGCACUCCUGCCAGCACCAGGGGUACCCCCACCUCGCCGACGGCGGCUCGCCGGGGGGCAGCUGGUGGCGCGACCAGGACGGCGACAAGAAGCAGCAACAGCCGAGGAAGGUCGACCUUAACCUCAAGCUCUAGCUACCUAGUUCUGUUAUUUUCCUUUUUAUUAUUAUAUUAUUUUCCCCUCCCUCUUUUUUUAGUCGAUGUUUUCCUCUCUUUCUCUUCUCCCUUUUUAGUAGGUGUGGGUGGGUACUUGGUUAAUGAGUGUACCUUGUGCUGAUUGUACCGAUCGAGCGUGCAAUUGAUGAUAAUAAACAAGUAGUUGUUCGAUUGUU